UGCGUGGUCAGAGGUUUGUCUGCUGUCGCCUGCUGCCGCUUGUCUCUAGUGUCAAUUUGGAUUACCGUCAAAUUAACAAAGUUCUUUCUAAAUUAUGCCCUAACAAAGUAUCUGGAAUGCGGUUCAUAUAAUGCGAUUUUAUAGCUGCCAAUAUUCAUCACCUCUUACCGUUCAGGUAUCAAGCAAUCGUCGUUGAAGUUUUUAAUUUUCCGAUACCAUGAAUGGUUAUGUUUCAAGUGCUGUUUAACAAUAAUGGCGGCAAUGUCCCCGUCCGAGCGGAGACUACAGAAGGAGUUGAUGUCACUGAUGCGUGAACCACCUCCUGGUGUUCAUGUAGAUGGGGAUCAGGCUGGUCAGAAUCUGACACAAUGGAUAAUCCAUAUGGAAGGAGCAAAGGGCACGCUAUACGAGGGUGAAAGAUUUCAGUUGCAAUUUAAGUUCAGUUCCAAAUACCCAUUUGAUUCACCCGAAGUUACAUUUAUUGGAGGCAACAUUCCUGUUCACCCACAUGUCUAUAGCAAUGGUCAUAUCUGCCUGUCCAUACUGACUGACGAUUGGUCACCUGCUCUGAGUGUCCAAAGUGUCUGUUUAAGUAUAGUUUCUAUGCUGAGCAGUUGCAAAGAAAAGAAAAGGCCACCUGAUAAUUCCUUUUAUGUGAAGACAUGUAAUAAGAAUCCAAAGAAAACGAAAUGGUGGUACCACGAUGAUAGUGUUUAAUUCUUGGACAUUGUCAAUCCUGGACUGGCGUGCGCUGACAACUGGUGCAAUUUGGACCGAACUAUUGAUCAUGAUCAGUUGAUUUACGCGAUCUGCGUAUUGAAAGAAUUCGAACAAAGGAAGAUAAAAGAGAAACGCGUUUGGAAUCGUAGAAACGUUCUUAUUGUGGCGAUAGUAAAUUAAGUAAAUAUAAUAAAAUAUGAAAUCCUAAAAUAAUACUAAUAAAAAUAAAAAUCCGAGAACAGGAAAGAAAAAUUUGCGAUUGAUUCUGUUGUGGAAACGAGGGCUUAUACAGCAUUAGUAUUUAUCUCGAAGUGAAGAAAAGAGAAAAGAAAUUCAUGACAUAUUCUUAUCCAUGUCAGAAAUCAUAUGAUC